AGAAGAAGAAGAAGAGGGCUCCCUCCUCUGGCGCAGACCGUUACAGCCCCACCCUUUUCCGCCUCUGCAGAUCUCUGUCGCAGCGCUAAACGUCGCAUGAAUCUAUAUUUCGGACGGAGAGAUCGACUCAACCAGGAAAUGGCUUCUUCUCUUCCUGCGUCUCUGUUCCUGCUGUCUGUGGUUUUCUGCCAGUUUCUCUCUGCUGCAGAUCAGAACAACGUGAAAAUCAAAGCUGAACCUGGAGAUGACCGCAUUCUGCCAUGUAAAGAUCCUGACCAGGAGCAGAUUAAAGCCGUAGAGUGGAGCAGAACUGACCUGGAGUCAGGAUUUGUCCUCCUGUACAGAGAUUCACGUUUUGAUCUAACAAACCAGGAUCCAUCUUACAGGAACCGGGUUGAUCUGCUGGUUGGUCAGAUACAGAAAGGAGACGCGUCUUUGAUUCUGCAGAACACAACAACUGAUGACAGCGGAACGUAUGAAUGUCACGUUGUUAAAUCAGCUGAGAGGAAACUGAUCAGCUCCGUCAGCCUGGUUGUAGCUCCUCCUCCAGAACCGUUUCCAGUCUGGGCCAUAGUUCUACUGGUUCUACUGGUUCUACUGGGUCUGGCUCUGGUUGCUGCUGCAAUUUAUUACUUGUUCCAUUGGAGUCCAGACCAACAGGUGAAGGUGGAACCAGGGAAGGAGUCUGUCCUGCUGCCCUUUAAAGUCCCACGCUGCCUGUGGUUCUGUAAAUACAGAAUCUUCCAGCGUGUGGAUAAAGUGGAGUGGAAGGACAAAGACGACAGGACGGUCCAUGUGUAUCAGAACGGUUCUGAUCAGCCUGGAGAACAGAACCUGAUCUACAGAACCAAGAUGGAUAAAAACCUGCUGAAGACUGGAGACCUCAGUCUGACUCUGAGACGGCCCACUGGGAGAGACAGUAACAUCUACACCUGCAGCAUCUACAAGAAGGGAGAAAAACUGAUGGAGAAACACGUCUGGCUACAGGUCAAAGUCCUACAGGUGGUGGUGGAACCAGGGGCGGAGUCUGUCCUGCUGCCCUGCAGAACCAGAGAGAAUCUGGAUGGAGUCGUUAAGGUGGAGUGGAGGGACGGAGGCAACAGGACGGUCCAUGUGUAUCCGAACGGUUCUGAUCCGCCUGGAGAACAGGACGAGUUCUACAGAACCAGAACCAAGAUGGAUGAAAACCUGCUGGAGAGAAAAAACCUCAGUCUGACUCUGAUACGGCUCACUGAGAGAGACACAGGGAUCUACACCUGCAGUGUCUAUAACAGAGACGGAGACAUGCUGAUGAUGAACGAAAUUAAUCUCUGGGUCAUAGACCUACAGGUGGAGGUGGUAUCAGGGGCGGAGUCUGUCCUGCUGCCCUGGAGAACCAGAGAGAAUCUGGAUGGAGACGUUAAGGUGGAGUGGAAGGACAAAGACGACAGGAUGGUCCAUGUGUAUCAGAACGGUUCUGAUCAGCCUAGAGAACAGGGCGAGAUCUACAGAACCAGAACCAAGAUGGAUGAAAACCUGCUGAAGACUGGAGACCUCAGUCUGACUCUGAGACGACCCACUGAGAGAGACGAAGGGACCUACACCUGCAGCGUCUAUAACAGAGACGGAGGAAUCCUGAUGGUGGUACGAGUUCCGCUCAAGGUCAAAGCAGGGACAGACCGGGUCCAACCAGAGGACACCAGGACUGGAAGCAACUCUAUUGAUCCGUCUCCUCUAAUGGGUGAUCAAUCAGUCUGAUCGGAUUGAUCAAUAUCUGAUUAUUGAUCCAGUCAGACUUUGGAUCAGAGCCGAUCUCAGUGAAGGUUCUGAUGGACCAACAGAGGGACACUUCCUGGUCCUCUGGUCCAGUCUGCAGCCUCUUAUUGAUCACUAUUGAUUAUUGAUGACAGAAUGAAGAUCUGAAGGAACCAGUUCAUGACUGGAACUGGAACUGGUUUGGAUCCAUCAGGGAGGAGAACAGUUCAGUUUGACCCAGGACCGCCGCCCUCCUCCUCCUCCCUCUUCCUCCUCCCUCCAUCCAUCAUCAUCUCCAUCAUCUUCAUCAUCAUCAUCAUCAUUUUCUCUUCAAACCCAAAAAUCUCAGAAUUUUUUGCUUCCAGUCCAGAAUUUGGAUCUUUAGUUUAGAGCUGCACUGAUUGUAAUUUUCUGGCCGAUUAUAAAUCUUUAAAAUUUGACCUGCUGGUUCUAAUUUUGGCCUUUUUUCUGAAAUGUUGCUACAUAUCAGGAGAAAGUUGCUGAGUUGCCAACAGACUGACUGCAAACAUUGAGUUCUGACCCGGUGGGCCGGUCUGCCAGUCAAAUGUCUCUCUGAUUUCUAGACCUUCGCUGAGGAAGAGAAAAUCGUCUUCAUGUCUAAAUAUCGGCUGAUAUUUCAGGAAAUCAGCUCAGAUAAAAUGACUGGCAGAGAAAUUGUUGCACCAAAGAAAACCUGGAAAUAUUUUGUUCCUUUAUGGUUCAUGUAAAGUCCAGUUACACUUAUUGCAUUUAUUAAUCUUUAUUACAUUAUAAUGCAGAUUAUUCUAGUCCUGGAUUAUAAUCUAACUCUGACAAACAUCCUAAAGUGUCCAUCUGGUUUCUAUAUGAAUCCUGCCUUAUUAAUGUUUUCAUUAUAAAUAAUAGAAGCUUCUUUAUUUCACUUUUUUAUUUUAGACACAAUUUGAUUGUAAAAGUGAAAACCUACUAACACCAUAAACUGUUAUUUUAUAAAACACAGAAUUUGAACAUAGUUCCAGAUUUCUGAUCACUAAAUGUUUUCAUUUCUGACUGAAAUAUAUUUUAUGCCUCAUUUUAUUCAUUUGUUACAUUUUGCUUUCAUGUUAAUGUGAAUUUAAAGACAAAACGUUGAAUUUUAAAACUCCACAUUGAAGAUCUAAUUUAUUACCAAAAGAUCAUGAAAUAAUUUGAUCACUAAUAUAAUUAAUCAAUAUAUUUAGUCAGACAUCAGCUGAAGCUCUAGAAUGAGUUUUUCUAUACACGUUACUAUAUACAGUGUUGAUAUUCUAUGCUUGUAUAUCUACUAUAAUGAUAUUUCAUGCUUGUAUUUUUUAUUUCUUGUGAAUUUUUAGAUUUAUUUUACAUUUUCUCGGCGCUUUAAGGCUGAAUGAAUCUGAUUCUCUGGUUUCUGAGUUUUUCUCUGCUGGUUUUAUUUUCAGUCAGGAUGAAAAAAUAUUUUUUAUUUUAAAUCUGGAUGUUUCCUGAAUCUGCAGAAUCAAAUUGAUAAUCAUUUGAAUUAUUGAUCCCUAAUAACAGAUGAACUGAUUGGUACUGAAGGUUAAUCAAUAUUUAUUUAAUCAUAAAUAUCUAUUUCACUUGCUGGACUUCAUGGAUAUACAGAGUUUUUAUUAAUUUGGCUGGAAAAUAACGUUUUAUUUUCAGACCAAAUCAGUUUCCAGAUUUUAUAGAUUUUUUUAGUUUAAAAUGAAAACAGAAAAUAUUUUCAAAACUUUGUUUUCUUUACUGAUUUAUUUCGUCCCUUCAGGGAGUCGACCUGAAUCCAAACUAAAACAUCCUGGUUGGUCCUGAUUUCACUCUGAACUACAGAAAACCAAAAAAAAUCCAGAUUUUCCAAAAAUUAAAUCCUCAAACAGAAACUCAGUAAGUUUGAUACUUUUUCAUUUUUUUCUGUAAAUGCCAGUUUUAGUUUUUAAACUCAUUUUCAGGUGAAUUUUAUUUGUUUCUGCCAGGUUUUGUUAAACAUGUUUGCUAAAAUGCCAAGAUGUGCUUAAUAACAAUAAAACGUGAUAAUAAACUAAAAACUUCCGUCUG